CGGCGGCGGGGGUCGAUGGCGUCUCUGCGGGGCUCCGGCGGCGGCGGCGGCGGGCGGGGGGCGAUCGUGGUCUUGGGGGGCGACGGGGAGCCGGGCGGGGCGGGCGGCCUCGGGGUCCCGCCGGCCUCCCAGUACGGGAACGGGCUGGGCGGCGGGGGCCCCGGCGGGGAGCAGGGCGGGGGGCUGCGCGAGGACGACGAGGACAUCGAGGAGGGGGAGCUGCCGCUGGAGGCCGCGGGCGGCGGCAGGGGGGGAGGCGGCGGCGGCGGCCCCAGGGGCGCCCUGUCCUCCUCCUCCUCCGCCGCCUCCCACCAGCCCCGGCCCGGGCAGGCGGGGGCGGGAGUCGGGGCAGCCCACCAUCACCCCCACCCCGAGGAGAUGGAGGAAGAGGCCGGCCUGGGAGAGAGCGACCCCGGGGACUCCGCCAUAGAGGACCCCGAGCUGGAAGCCAUUAAAGCUCGUGUGCGAGAGAUGGAGGAGGAAGCGGAAAAGCUGAAAGAAUUGCAGAAUGAAGUUGAGAAGCAAAUGAACAUGAGCCCUCCGCCGGGCAAUGCUGGUCCGGUCAUCAUGUCUUUAGAAGAGAAGAUGGAAGCCGAUGCCAGGUCCAUAUACGUCGGCAACGUGGAUUAUGGAGCAACAGCAGAAGAGCUGGAGGCUCACUUCCACGGCUGCGGCUCUGUCAAUCGCGUGACUAUCCUCUGUGACAAGUUCACUGGUCACCCCAAAGGGUUUGCUUACAUUGAGUUUUCGGACAAGGGGUCGGUGCGGACUUCCUUAGCGCUAGAUGAGUCCCUCUUCCGGGGAAGGCAGAUCAAGGUGAUACCCAAACGGACCAACCGCCCUGGAAUCAGCACCACAGACCGGGGCUUCCCCCGGACCCGGUACCGAGGGAGGGGAUCCGGCUUCAGCAGCUCCCGGGCCCGAUUCUACACUGGCUUCAGUAGCAGGCCGCCCCGAGGGCGUGCUUACAGGGGCCGGGCCAGAACGACCUCAUGGUAUUCCCCUUACUAAAAACAAAAAAAAGUGGUUGUUUUAGGAAGGAGGAAAAAAAAAGAAAAAAAAUAUGAAGAUUGUUACCAUGACGGAAAAAAAAAAUACUGUGGGGGGAGGAGAAAGUGUUAAACGCUGUGCAGCGAAAGGGGGCCCGCUUUCCUUGGGUGGGAGGGUCCUAAGGGGAGGGCGCGAGGGCAUCCUGUAAAUUGGCUUUUCACCCACUGGUCUCGGCGGCCCAUGAUGCCGUGCCCUGCCGGCCCUCCGCCCUCCGUUUCCUCUUCCUCCGCCUGCCGCAAUUGUCAAGCGUUAAUGGAACCACUUUUCUGUUGUUGUGGCCUAGCAUUUCCGGAGGGGCAGUUUGCGAGGAGGGCUGCCGCCACCCCCUUCCCCCCCCAAAAAAACCACUCGAUCUCUUUUUUUUGUUGGAGCUGUUGUGGGUUCUUUUACUCGCUGUAUUUUACUUUCGGCCUGCCCCCCCACGCCUGCCCCCCGUACUGGUUUCUUGUGUGCCUGUGUGUGCGCUUGCGUGUCCCGACGCCUGGUAGUUUUUAUGUGGGGGGGUGAUGGCGGUGCCUCCUGCAGUCAUGUUGUUGUCGCCCCCCCCCCCGCCCCCCAAUUCACGAGUUCGCCGCCACAACGCUUUAGUUGCCAGUCUCGGCGUGGCACAAACAGCCUGGCAUUCUUGGGUGUGUGUGAGAAACGCGUUCCUGCAUUUCCCCCUUCCCUUUGUAGCCCCUUGUUCGUACCAUUGAAUUCUGGUUUUUCACCCUAACUCUUCAUUCAAAAUUGAGGUAGGGUGUUUCCUGCAAAAAAUAUAUAUAUAUAAAAAAUAACCCCCCUUAACUGCAGGAUCUUCUGUCCCUCCUUCCUUUCACUUAUUUUCUCCAAUCUCCCCCCCGCCCCCCCCCCCCAAAAAAAACCUUCCCCGGUCUACCCUUGCUGCUUCCGUCGCGUUUCCUUCCACCCUCCCCUGGGAUAUGUUAUAUGCCUUGUUUGAGUGUCUUUAUCUUUACAGGUUCCUUUAUUUUUUAGCCUGAAGAGACACCACCGAAACCUGAAGUUCUAGAGACCCGGGGCAGGGAGAAGACUCCCUUGAGGGCUUGGCGGGUGUGGGGCGGACCCCCCGGGGCCCUUAUUUCUUUUAGGAGAGAGUGACUUUGAAAAAAUGAGAGAAAGGGAGAGAACAUUCAGGUGGGGGUGGGGGUGGGGGGGGAGUGUAAUGAGGAAGAAACAGAGAAACUGUUAUGAGGGUGGACAAAUAAUAAAGAUGUUUUUGGAAGAAAGAAAA